AUGGCUUCCUUGGCAGGAUUCCAGUAUACACCUGAAAAUGUGCAAAGACUGGAAAAGGUAAUUUGAAAUCUCUGUAGUUAUUAUUAAGGAUUAACCUACUAGCAAGCUCUCCCGGCUUAAUUGCAGAAUAUACCCUGCAACUUUAAAGCAACCCCCCAAAAUAGGUGGAUAUGCGGAUACUCAGCCACUACGUAUCGGCGUAUCUGCAUAUCCACUUUUUGACACAGUGGAAAAUAACAAAUGCGUUUUUUGUUGAUGCAAAAUUUUAAACAGAAUGCAGUAGCUUUGCAAUAUUGAAGCGACAUGUUCCCGCUGAAUUCAAGAAAUAUUGUAGAUCCGACUCAGCUUAUAGGCUACGAUUCAGACCAGAAAGUCCAUACAAACAACAAUUUUUGUUAUUUUCUUUUGGUGGUCUUUUCUUUGUGCAGAAUUAUAAUAUUUUGCUCCUGGAACGCUAGUGUAACAGUUUUCAUGCUUUGUUGUUUCCUGCGCUUUCUGGGGUGAAAAUGAAAAUGUAUGAGAGAUCGUCGCAAGCUGUCUUUUUCUUUUCCCACCCCUCGCACUGGUGUCUCCUUUCGUGUGCUGCUCUCACGUGACUUCUCGCGACUCCCCCCAAUGGAGAGCUUGCCCGCAGGCUAAUUUAGGAAGUAUUAUUAAAGCGGUUGAACAAUUCAAACCAGGGGAAUUUCUUUUUUUAGCCAUAGCUUCCUGAAAGGACAGGGGCUUGAGCAAUUGUUUUCUUGAAAGAAUCAAAGAUACAAAAAAUUCAUAGGACCCUCCAGCCAUUUUUUUUACAGAUGCAAACAAAAAAAACUUCCUUUCACAUUGUUUACUUUUAUAACACGUUUUUAAUUUCCCUGGGCUUUUGAUAUCUUUUAUUCAGCAAUUGUCGCAAAUCUUGCAACCUGUGAGACAUACAAUGUAUUUCCCACCCUGGAGAAUUUCUGUGGUGUCACGGACACUGCGGAAUAAGCCUUGCACCUACAUGUAAUUAAUAUUGAAAAUGUCAAUUUGGAUUGAAUUAUCAUAAUGAACAUGUAUCAUUAAAUGUGCAGUUUAAAUGCAUUUAAAUGCAAUUUAAAGGAGUUAACAACUAAGAGUGCCUUUAGUGCGUGAGGUCAGUGGUCUUUGGCAUGCGCAUACCCAGUAGCUGGCUACAUCGAUCAUGUGAUUCAUUGGCGCAUUCAGUUUUUCUUCGUGCUAGGUUCUGUCAGCCAUUUUCUCCCCCCCCUCCCUCUAGGCUUUGUUGGUUUUUCUCCACUGAUGUUUUUUUCAGUGUGAUGGGUGCCUGUUCCUUUCCUUUUGUGUGGGGGCUCAUGGCUGGGUUACGCUGUUGUGCCAGUCAUGGCGGCAUUAUUUCAAUCUAGGGGCUGGCUGCCAAUAGUGGAAGCCCCUGAAUACUCCAGGCACCCAACCUCCAUUUUAGCGAUGCAGUUGGUAACAGUCCAGUCCACUUUUUUUAGGCUCUGCACACCAUGCAAGAAAGGGGCAUGGAAUCAGACCCUCGUUAUGCACAGCUGAUGUCAUUAAUGAGAGCAAAACCACCAAAUAUUGACAUGUCAGACAUUGGACAGGGCCACCAGCUACCACCGCAAUCAAUGCCAAUGGGUAUGGGAUUAGGUGAUAUGCAGUCACGAAGCUCCCCAGCUCCAAACAUGAUGUCUCCUUCAACGCAAAAAGUGCCUUCUUUCACCUCACCCCAGUUAUUGCAGCUCAGAGCUCAAAUCAUGGCUUACAAGCUCUUAGCACGAAGUCAGCCUCUGCCAGAACAUAUUCGCAUCGCCAUUCAAGGCAAGUCGUCAUCUGUAAAACCAGGUGGACUGGGUAUGCCGCAACCUGGCCAGUUGCCAUCCAUGAACCAGAAUCAACAGGUUAAUCAGGCGACCCCUCAGAGCCCGUCUCCCUUUGGUAGUGGAGGCAUACCAUCUUCUUCUGCUGGACCUGUACCUAACCAAACUGCAUAUAAUGUUCCUGGAAUGACUACUGGUAGGUUAACACAUGCUUUGUUCUAUGUCUUUGUUGCCCAGUUGGCUGCAUUCUUUUUUUUUUUUUAAUAGAGAUGCAAAAUGCUGACCUAAUACUGUGUGUUACAGAUAUAAUGGUAAUUGAACUGAGUGGAAUGCAAAUUGCUCUGAAAUCGUUUGCAUGAUUUUAAGCACUCAUCCAAUUUGAAAUCACAAGUAUGAUUUCAGACCAAAAUUGUACUACUCUAAUACACUUUAUUACAGAUAAUUUUUUUUGGUUUACACAGUCUGGUUUUCCGGUGAAUACCUUCUGUUUAUCUGGUUAGCAUGGCACACAUUUGAGUCAAAUAGUUGAACAGACUGUUCUUCAGAAUAAUAACCUUGCAACUUACUUUGUCAUUAGCUCAGCAACUUCAGAUCAAGCCAUCUGCCAGCUCAAGUCAGGCAUCAAACUCUGCCUCCAUGGCAGCAGCUAAAGGUGCUGCUGCAAGUGCUAUUGCCGCAGCUUCCCAGCAGCAUAAGCUGAAAGAGCAGCAGCGUCAAGCGCUGGCCCAACAGCAGCAACAGCAGCAGCAGCAGCAGCAACAACAACAACAACAGCAACAGCAGCGCAAGUUACAACCUCAGGGUUCCACACAAGCAGGGAUAACAAUGCCAAGCAAGCCUAGACUGGCACCAGUCGCUAAACCUACUGGUCUUGAUCCUGUCACUAUACUGAAAGAAAGAGAAAACAGGUAAGAGGCAUUAAGUUCAAUUUUUUGCAGUUAACCAUGACUUUCUCAUUUUGUUACUUCCUCAUAGAUGAAGUGGGGAGAAGAUGAUUCAUAUUUACAUCUGGGAACCAUUUAAACAAUAUGUUACUGUAGAUCACCAAAACAAGACUUUGGAGCAUUGAAUUUCCCCUCAUAAAAUGGCUGCUUUUUAUGUUUCUUAAAACACCUCUUCAACCCUUUUUAGGAUCCAAGCACGUAUUGUACAGCGUAUCGUGGAGCUGGAGGCACUUCCAGGGAGCAUUCCUGAUGACCUUAGAAUGAAAGCCAUGAUUGAAUUGAGGGCUCUCAGACUGCUCAAUUUCCAGAAACAGGUUAAAUGGCAUAUUCAAUCUACCACCCCAGUUGUAUUCUUCACCUGUGUGACCAGUUUUCUUACGUUACUUGAAAUAAAAACUCAAAUAUGAAAAUUUAGGGCAUUUGUAUGUAUUAUGUUUUUAUUUUCACACACUCUUUCUUUUGCAUGUUCUUUGGUCAAAUUUUACAAUAGCCUGAGAAAGCAGCCAACAUUUUGCAAUGCCACUUUUUUCCCCCACAAAGUGACAUCUAAGGAUCAAGUGCAGCAAUUCUACCUUGUUGUAUACUGAUGAUGUGUAGUGCUUUGGAAAAUUUGCUUCAACCAAUCAGAAAUAACUACUUCACAAUUUAAUGUCUUUGAUUUCAAAGGUAUACUGGAGGCUAAACAAUUUCAGACAAAUUUUCCAAAAAUUAUGUAUUGUUUGCAAGUAAUGUACAAAGAGUAAAUUAAACAUGUCGUUUAAUCAUUGUUACUUUUUACCUUUGAUCCUUUGUUUAGCUGCGAGCUGAAGUAGUGGCAUGUACAAGAAGGGACACCACACUUGAGACAGCAUUGAACUCUAAAGCUUACAAACGAAGCAAGAAACAGUCUCUUAGGGAAGCAAGGUAUUCACACAGCAUACAUUCAUUCUCAUAUUUCUUACACUGUAUUCAAUCUCUGUCUUUGGACUUACCUUCAGAAAUUCCAGCUCUUGCCACCCCAUCCAUUUCCAAAUGUAACAGAAACUUUAAUAAAAAUGUUUUAUUUUUCUUAGGAUCACCGAGAAACUUGAAAAGCAACAGAAGAUGGAGCAAGAGCGCAAACGGCGACAGAAGCACCAAGAAUACCUGAACACAAUCCUCCAACAUGCGCGAGAUUUCCGUGAAUACCACAGGUCUAUCCAGUCUAAGGUCGUGAAGCUCAACAGGGCUGUGAUGAGUUAUCACUCCAUCACAGACAGAGAGAAGAAAAAAGAGGAGGAGAGGAUAGAGAAAGAGAGAAUGAGGAGACUUAUGGUUUGUCAAAAUGAUUUUUUAAGUUUUUUCAUUGUUCUUGUUAGAAGUAUUACUGUUAACAAUUUGAACUCAACACUCAUUUCAUAAGUAGGUUGAGCAUAAUCGUCCAGGUGAUUGUAGUCCUGAAUAGGACUGUUGUUGACACUGACUGAUGUUUCAACAACCUGUGUGAUAGUCACCUUGAGAGUCAAAGUGAGUUGUAUCAUGUCAGUUGAUCGUGUUAAACUCUGGUUAUUGACUUGAUCAGACAAUUAAGUUGUGAUGUUAUUGGUCUUCAGCCAGUUACGCCAUGAUCACAUAUCACGAUUUUUCAAGUUAGCUCAGUUCUUGUUAUCCUGUUAGGUCUGCAUUUUGUGAUUGAAUGGGUACAUAGGUUAACCUCCUAUACAUACAAUGUAGAUAACAUGACUCUCACUCUCAUGUCCAAUAUUUGCUAUGUUUUACAAGCAAGUACAUUUUGUGGUUAUUAUCACAGGCUGAAGAUGAAGAAGGCUACAGAAAACUGAUUGAUCAGAAAAAAGACAUUCGUCUGGCAUAUCUCCUGGCACAGACAGACGAAUAUGUAGCAAGUCUCACUAAGAUGGUCCAGCAACAUAAGAGAGAACAAAGAAAGAAAGUUGCAAAGGACAAAAGGAAACGGCGCAAGUCUGACUAUGAUGAUGACGAAACGCCAGAAGGUGACCGGCAUGUUCCUGUAGUGGACACAGAGACUGGGGUUGUGUUGAAGGGAGAUGAUGCUCCUAUAGCAGAUGAUUUAGAUGUGUGGCUUCAAAGUCAUCCAGGGUAAGAAGGAGUAUCAAAAUGAUGACAUAACCCUUUAAGUCCCAAUAUCCACAUACAAAUUCUCCAAACUGAUCUCUACAUAUUUGUUUAAAGAAUUAGUUGAUAGAAUUUGAUAAAAGAUCAAAGCAUUAUUCUCUUGGGUGAUCAUUUUAUUAAUUCUCAUAACGUAAUCUCUUGACAAUGUACUGUAUGGAUAUCAUUAGGAGAAAAUUGAUGUUGGUCACUAUUGGGACUUAAAUGGUUAACUCCAGAAAUUUUCGGUUGCUAAAUAUUUUUUCCUUACCUUUUUUCAAAACAAACACAAUCUACAUUUACUGCAAACGUUUUAAAUCUGAUUUAAACAGACUAAUUUAAGGAUUAUUCAUGUGUGUACAUGUACAUGUGGAGGCUAAGUUGCAUUGAAGAUCACUCUAACAAUGAUCAUCAUCCUGGAUUUGAGCUUUUUGAGGUCAGGAGACUUUCACAUAUUGGAACUGUAGCUACUUUAUGUUUCUGUCAUAUAGCAUAUAUGUGCCAGAACCAUGCGAUCCUCAUCAGAAAGACCAAGUGAUAAACCAUUUAAGAAAUAUUAAAUUACUUUUUUCUUGUGUUGAUUAUUCCAUGAUGACUCCACAAUUUGUGAAGCAGAAGUCACACUUACUUCACCCGCAAUACAAUUUGCAAACCCUGCCUAUCUCUGAUUACUAUUUACUACUAGUUACCAAGUGGCCCCACGUCAAGAACAGGAAUCUGAUGACGAGGAUGAAGAUGAGGAAGCUGAGGGUGAAGCCGAUGCUGAGAUGGAUGCCACUGAGAAAGAAGUUGCUGAAAAGAAAUCAGAGAAGGAAAAGAAGAGAGAAGAAUACGGAAAGGAUGAUGAAGAAGAUAUUGUAGAAGAAGAGUAAGGACUUUUUUUCUGUUAAGUAAUGCUCACUACAGAUACUUGAAGAAAAAUUAAUAGUAUAAUUACACAUCUUCUAAAUGAAUGAAUUUAGUUGAAGGCCACUGGCUUAUCAGCUUCUGCUGAUGAGGGUUAACACAUAACAGCAGGAACUGAUAAACCAUUGGCGUUCCAACUAAGGGGCUGUUUACAUGACACGGGGGCGACUUUUGCCCCAGAGCGAGUUCACUCCGGUUCCCUCUCGUGGCUCUAUAUUAUUUUGUUUACAUGAUACCACCACAAAAUGUCAUGCCGGUGUGAGACACCCCGGCGUGAGUUCAUCCCGGUUCUUGUACCGGGGUGAGAAUUUCACUCCGGUACGAAUCUCACAACGGUAUCGUGUAAGCGCGAAACGACCACCCGUUUCGGUGUGAAAUCGGUCUGCCGGUAGACUGGAAGGGGUAGCGCAUGUGUAAUGUUUGCAAUUUUGAAUCACACAUGUAUUUUAUCAACAUAAAGUGUACCUUCAAAUAACGAGAUAUGAAAUGACCCAGUCAUCAUGUAAACGCGAUACAAAAUCAAAAAGUCAUCCCAGUAUGAGACUCAUGCCGGUGCGAGUUUUCUCAGUAAACACCCCCUAAACUAACUAACCUAAAAAUUACAGAUCCUUUCAUGUAAGCCCUAGGGUGGUUGCCAUUUACACAAACAACUCAGUUGGAAAUCUUGUGCAUAAGCAUAAAAGAAUUAAAUUUGACACAGUGAGAGAGUUACUUGCUACAAUGUAUAUCCAGAUCAGCUGAAAAGACUAAGAAGAUUAGAAAAUUUGCAUCCCCACAAAUCACAGUCCACGUUUUCUGAAGCUCCCCAAAGAGAAUGGUUUUUCCAACCAGUGAAUACACAAACAGGAUCUACAUCCCCUGUUCCUUUCAAAAAGUGGUGUUGCAGCCGUGUGUUUCAUAGACAAGUGCCGUGGGUUUUCAGUGUAGUCUGCAGUACAUCACCUUUAAACUACAUAAUGUUCGUUUCAGAGUUGAAGAUAAAGCUGCGUUAGAGAGUCGUCAGUAUUAUCACAUUGCUCACGACGUCAGGGAAGACAUCACUGAGCAACCAACAAUUCUGAUUGGCGGUAAACUGAAGGAAUAUCAGGUAAGCUGUAACUGUUGUUCACCUAAUAAUAGUGUAAUUGGAGAUGUUGAACAGUUGGUCUGCAGGAUGGUACAUUGCAUGGGUUAGCCAAAAAGACAUCACAAAUAAAGUGAUAUCUUUGUUGUGGGCAAAAUUUGCAUGCUACUAGACUUACUGUCAAAUUAUGACCCAAGAAAUUAUUGUCUGUGUUAUCUCCGAUUAAAGCCAAGAUUAGGACACACAAGCAAGCAGGCCACAAAACUACCAUCUGGUUUUCAUGGUUUUUUAGUUUCACAGUAACAAUUGCCAGCCUAAAAUUACUGUCACAUAUAACACCAGCAAUGUUCAAAAGAUAUACUAAACCUUUAAGGUCACAGGGGACACCUUAAAUGUUUCUGAAUCGCAUACCCCUGAAAAUUUCCAUUUUCCUGUCUGAGAUAUUGCUACUUUUCCCACCUCCUCCUAAAAUCCUAGCAUUAAAAACCCUUACAGUGAAUCUGACCCAAAGACACUCACAUUUGCCAGUACAGUUUUUGGUUUAAAGUUGAGUGUUAUGUUUUCAUUUUCAGAUGCGAGGCCUGGAGUGGCUUGUGUCACUGCACAAUAACGCCCUGAAUGGCAUCUUGGCUGAUGAGAUGGGUCUGGGAAAAACCAUUCAAACUAUUGCCCUGUUUGCUUACUUGAUUGAGGUCAAGAAACUCAAUGGACCUUUCUUGGUCAUCGUGCCUCUCUCGUAAGUCAGCUGUAAAUCCCCCAUGACUUAUUGCCUCUACACAUGCGCAUUCUCCUUUUAGCUGCAUGAUGACAUCACAGAUUAAUUAACCAAACUUCAGAAUUUUAUCAACACCUUUCCCAGGUGAAGGCUGUGGUGUGUUGACUCUUUCUGUCCUUAUUUCAAAACAAAGUUUGCGACAGUGACUAUUUGCAUGGUCUUUUGUUUUCCUACUUUCCCACCCCUUUCUCCGACUGUUUGUAUGUCAUCUGCUACAUUCAGUCAACUUUAGCAGGCCAGUCCAGGUUCUUGCUAUCUCCCGCUCUGAGCAAUGACGAGGAGAGGUCCCUGGGAGGUCAGAAUGCUUUGUCUGUUUAAUGGUUAUUAUUUUAUCCAUUUUCUCAAAGUUAUACUAGCUCACCUAACUUUAUUUUGCAGAACACUUUCCAACUGGCUAUUGGAAUUUGAGAAGUGGACACCAUCUAUCAUUGUUGUGAGCUACAAGGUGACCUAACUACUAGGUUUAAAUGACUCAAACUGAACAACAGGGCCCAGUUUUUUAAAGGCCGAUUAGCACUAACCUAGGGUUACACUUUAAUCCUGGUUUAUUUUUCUUUUGUUCAAAAGCAUUUCCAGGAUAAUUUUCUCACUUAUUUUUGGAGCAUUCAAUUAAACAAGUUAUAUGCAAAAAGAACUAAACUGAAUGUUUUUUUUUUUUUGAGCUUCCAUAUCUCAAUUCAAAUUUUGCACCAACCUGGGGUUAUCUUAACCCAGCUUUGAACAACCCAGACCUGUACUACAAUGCAUUAUGUAUACAUGCUCAAUGGAGGGUGGUAACAGUGUUUGUUUAGUUCUACUGUAGUUAUCAUUGUACAGUGGGAUGAAAAGUUCUUUUCUUUGUGUGGCUUUGAUGUGUCAGUAAUACACUGACCAUGAUAUGGCAAAUGAUGAUUGGGUAAAUCUUGGAAUUUGCUGCUAAUUAAAGUAAAAAAAUUAUCAUUGACAACAACAUCAAUAAAAGUGGCAUGAUAUGAAUCAUUUUGGAUAACAUUAUUCAAAUUGACAGUUACAGUGUAUGUACAAGGAAACAUCUUAGAAGACUGCACACUUUUUAAAACCUGUCAUGAAAUUUUCUGUGUUUGUCAGGUGUCGGAGGUGUGCAACAGUAAACCAGGGUUUCGCUAACACCACUAAAGAUUCAGUCUUGAUGAGUGGGGUUUGAUAGUAGAACUUGGAACAUAAAGUUAAUGUUUACAGUUAAAGAGGCUAUGUCGCCACUGUGGAUUUGCUUUACUGAUGUAGACAUAAUGUAAGCGCAUGGCAUCUGGCAAAGUUGUGCCGUGUAAAUUGUCCUUUAGAUAGAGGUUUGUGCUCUAAAACAGGUUGGCUCUACAGGUUAAGUGGGAAGCCAAGGCUUCAUUGCUUAAAUUCUGUACUGUUGUUGCAAUUAAUGAGAAGUUUACAAUGUACUUAUCAUCUUGAUGUAAUGUUUCUCUAUCAGGGCUCACCUAACAUGCGUCGAUCAGCUGCUUCUCAAAUCCGUGUAGGAAAGUUCAAUGUGGUACUCACCACUUAUGAGUAUGUAAUGAAGGACAAAUCAGUGCUGUCCAAGGUAUGUCUAGAUUUGUUUAUUUAUGCAAAAAAGAAGUCCAAUGGACAUUUCUCUAUUACUGACGCUUCUUUCCGUUCCAUAUACACCAAACCACUUACCUCUCAACAAAUUGCAAUAUUAUGUGAGCAUGUACAGGAUAGUAAUAUGAACACCUCUGUUUAAGUACAAUUGGUUCUGCCACUUUGGAGUUUGUGUAGCGAGGUUUCACUGUACACAAUUCCAGAUUUUGUGUCAUGCAUAUAAACCUUAUACUUGUUGAAUUUUGUUUUUGUUGUAAUCAGGUACGGUGGCGCUACAUGGUCGUUGAUGAAGGACACAGAAUGAAGAAUCACCACUGUAAAUUGACGCAGAUCCUAAACACACAUUAUGCAGCACCCCACAGAAUUCUUCUAACUGGAACACCUCUGCAGGUACAAAUGACUGCUAUAUUGCAGGCAACCAGAGGAGCCUGCAAUCCUUGUCUUCAGUUUGCUAUUACACAUGUGUUGCACAUACAUUUAUGUAGCCAGCAUUCACUUAGACCUCCACUAAGAACGAAUGGAAUGCACAGAAUGUAAUCUGAUCAUGUGUGUUUGGACAAUGUAUCACUUGUAAUCUGAUCAUGCGCAUUUUCACCUUCUAUGACAUGAAAUUGACACAAAGCACAGCAUUGGAGCAAGAGCAUUUACAUCGAUCUUGCCCACACUCCCUAACCUUUUGGGAUACUCGUCUCUCAAGACAAGACACUACUCUUGUGAGAAACGAGACAACAAUGGUACACAUAACUUACUUUUGAGUCGUACUGUAGUUUUAUUUAUAGUUAUUCAGGGAUAUGGGCAGGAGCUUUUUCCCCUCGACAUGCAUGGUCAAGCAGAUAGUGUGGGAGAUGGUCGGUCAGUAAAAGUUCUCUAUCAUUUUGUGAUUAGUGCACACUUUUUAUGACCUGUUGGGCAAUACACUGUUCAUGUCAGGUGUCGGAGGUGUGCAACAGCUGCAAAUCCACCAGGGUUUCACUAACGCCACCAAAGAUUUAAAAUUAUUUAAUCUUGAUGAGUGGGGAUUGAUAGUAGGACCCGAAACAAAGAAUUGGAAAUGUUGCGUAAGUGUGUUUUGUUUAAGAUCAUUAUUUUUAUAGAUACAUGGUUAUGUCAUAAUAAUUUUUGUUUAUGCUUUUUUGAUUUAGAACCGUUUGCCAGAGUUGUGGGCCUUGUUAAACUUCCUUCUUCCAACAAUCUUCAAGUCUUGCAGUACUUUUGAGCAGUGGUUCAAUGCUCCUUUUGCAAUGACAGGUGAAAAGGUAAGGCCCAGCAAGAGAAGAAAUACAGUUGAACUUCUCCACUGACAACAGCCACCUUGGGGACAGAAGAAAGUGACCACUGUAGAGAGGUGGCUGUUGUUGAGAGGUUUAAAUGAGAGUCAAUGUAUGGACUGUCUGUCUGUCUGUCUGUCUGUCUUUUAGUGGAGGUUCGACUGAACCACAAGUUUAUAUUGCGCGACGACUUCCAUGAAAGUGUUACAUGUACAUGAAUGAACUAUCUCAUGAAAUAACAGAAUUCCAUCCACAAACAAACCAACCAGACAAAAAAACAACAAGCUCUGACAUUCUCCUCUCUUAGCUUACCACAGUCACAUAUUUCCCCUCAUGUGCCUGUUUAAUGACGAGAGGAAAAGUAACCGCACCCUUAGGAGGUUAUCCUGGCAGUAUAAUCCAUACCUCACCAGGUCGUUUGAAGGGUCACAUCCACACAAUGUAUUUUGUUACAUUUCCUCUAUAUUGCACCUGUUAUUAAUUUUAUAGGCAGACCAAACUGUUUUAAACUUUUUUUUCUCCAUGACUUCUUGACUGCCAAUGCUCAAGCUUUGGAGAAUUCUUGAGAAAUAAGAGUGUCCAUAGAACCGUAUAAAAGUACCUCUAAACAGGUCUCAUAUGAGUGGUCACACCAUAAGAAUUCAUGCACAGACUCAAAAGUUGAAUACUGAAUAGCACCAUGUGAAAGUACUGCUGAACUGGUUUCAUAUGAAUGGUCACACCAUAGGAUUUCAUGCAUAGACUCAGAAGUUAGCUUUGUCAUGUCUCAAUAUUUGACUCUGGGAGUGAAAGAGCUGCAUCAUUCUUUGCAUUCAGUAGCUACAUGUAUCUGAAAUAUGAGCUGCACAAAAGACAGUACCAUUGUGAUAAUUUGAUUAAUCUAUAAUCUUUUGUUUUAUAUAGGUUGAACUAAAUGAAGAGGAGACCAUUUUGAUUAUCCGUCGUUUGCACAAGGUGAGGUGUAAUUUAUUUUUUGCAGUACAAAGACAGUGCUCUGUAAACUUAAAAAUCAAUAUCCUGUCAACUUUUCAAUUCGUAUCAGUGUGUGAAAUACUUUACUCUCCUUGACAGGUCCUACGACCAUUCUUGUUGCGCCGUCUAAAGAAAGAAGUUGAAUCCCAACUGCCAGAAAAGGUAAGAACACUAUUUAGCUCAAAUACUGCUUACAGGUAGGAAACAUACACUUGGUUGUUCAGUUCUAAGUAGAUGUUUUUUACAGCAAUAGUAUAUUGUAUUAUUGACAAAUUGGUAGAGAAAGAAAAAAAAUAAAGUUUCGUUUGUAUCCCAUCUAUUUAAAAACUUUCAUGCUGACUGAACACCCAGUCAGGCUUAAUCUGCACAUAAAUAGGGAUCUUACGAAACCUCGAUGACAACAGCGAUGGGAAUGUCAAAAAACAAUAGGAUAAAUGAGCAAAACACCAACUCUGCACAUGCAUCACGCUUUUUUGUACAUUUCUUUGCCCUCACUGCAUAACUACAAGGUGCAAUGACCAAAUUUUAUGUAUGCUUGGGAAUGGGAACGGCAAGGCGAUAAAUUCUACCAUCUCUGUCUGAACUCGGGUGCAUUCCCCUCUCUUCAGCUCCAGCCAAAAUCCCCUUCUUUUAAAUAACAGUGCGAAUUGGGAUAAGCACGAAAAAGUUUAAAAGGAUGCGAAGUCUAUUUUUCAGUGACGUUUUCAUGAGCGUCGCUGUUGUCGGAUCGUAAGUUCCCUAAUAUAUUAUAUACAGAUUUCUUUAUAGACAAGAGAUUAUAAUAGCCAAUGACAUUUAAACUUGAUAAUAUCAUUUAUGAAAAUGUAAAAUUUUUGUCACUUGGUUUUUGUAUAUAUAUAAGUUGCUGACUCGCAUAUUUAUGUUUCUGGUAGGUCGAGUAUGUUGUGAAAUGUGACAUGUCAUGUCUUCAACGCAUUCUGUACAAUCACAUGCACAAGGCUGGUGUACUGCUGACAGAUGGCUCAGAAAAGGACAAAAAGGUCUGCUACAAAUCUUUUCAUAAUAAUGAUGCAGUCAAACCCUGUUAAUACAGAAACUAAGGGGGCCAUAAAAAAAGUGUCCAUAUUGACGGGUGUCCUUAUUAAGCAGGUUGAAUUUUGAAAAAAAUUAAUGUAAGGGCUUUCUUUCUCCAGGGACUAGCCAAACUGUCUGUAAUAAUUAUUGAGGAUUCUGUAUUAAGCGGGUGUCCAUAAAACUGGGUGUGACUGUAAAAGUAGCCCUUUUCAGAGCACAUGUAACCAUGCUCCUAAUCAUCAGAAGCUCAUACAGGAUGAUCAUGACAAUGUGUUGUCUUUGUUGUCAACUUACCACUGUCAUUGUCAUUGUUAUAAUAGGGCCGUGGAGGUACAAAGACAUUGAUGAACACCAUCAUGCAGCUAAGGAAGAUCUGUAAUCAUCCAUUCAUGUUUCAGCAUAUUGAGGUGAGACAACAGCUAGUGUGCUGUUAGAGACUUGAACCUCAACCUGCUGAUUAAUUUCGCUGUCCAAGGUGGAAAUCAGUUUGGCAUGGUAGCAAUCAUACGUAGGCAGAAUAAAGAACUCAAUGGUGUGGACAUCAAUGAAAGAAUAAUAUUACAUGUCAACUGAAUUCAUGUUCAAAAAUUUAUGCUUUUUUUCUAAAAUUUCAAUAGUACAUGUACUGUACUUUUAUAAUCCAUUCCGAAGCGUUUCAGCUACAGCAUAAAAUAAAGCUUAUUGUGACAUAGACAAUAUUCACAUGAUGUCAUGGCAGCCAUAUUGGUGUUCCGAAACAAUGAAGUGGCGGCCAUACUGGUGUUCCAAACAAAUCCUGUGGGAGUUGGACUCUUUUCUUUUCUAAAAAAUUUGUUUUGUUCCCAUAAAUUUGCAUAGAUGCUGGCCACAUGAGUGAAUGCGCUCUAUAGCUGGAAAUUUACUUCGAGAUCACAUGACAUUGAAAACUGAGCAGCCAACAAUGCAAAAACCAUGUCAGAGGGUAGCAGUGCACUGUUACCCAAGAAUAUUGAUCGAUGACUGCCAUCACAGUGAGGUUUAAUGAAUUUCCAGCUUCAAAAUUUCCAGCUAUAUAACAAAACACUUAAAUGCUGGUCCCUCAGGAAACGGUUAAUUUUGUUUCCCUCGAAUCUCAAUGUUUCCCUUGGCUCCACCUCAGGAGAAUUCUCGGGAAACAAAAUUAACUAUUUCUCUCAGAACCAGUCAUUAAGUCUUUAUUAUUAUUGUGUUAAAUUUUUAAUUUUUUUUAUCUCUACAUUUCAUCAAAGGAAUCAAUUGCUGAGCACCUUGGGUUUGCAAAUGGAAUUGUUCAGGGGUAGGUGUUGUUGCAUUAGAGCAACAUGUAUAAACUACAAUCUUGGACAAAAAUAUAGAGAAAAUUGGACGUUACCAUGUCUAGUUUCAAAAUAAAGUGCUUGAAAGCAGUGGCAACUACAAUAAUCCCCCAUCCCCGCAAAAAAUUAAAUUUUGAAGCCCGGCUGGAUCAUUUCUGAUCCCGACUAAACAACUUUGACCAUAGUGGUACCAAAUCCGCAGGAUAGGCGUUCUGUAGGUAAGAAAGUGCAAAAUUCUUAAGGAACUUUUUCUGUCCAAUUAAGUUUGAUUGUUGUGGGUUCUCGUUUUUUGAUCUUAGUCAGGACUGUGCUUGAGCAGUGGCCAGUGGCCCCUGGUGUCUUACUUUUGCUCUUCGACAACAAGAAAAUUUUAGUAUAUUCAUAGAAAUCCUGUAUUGAGCACCCUGGAUUUCACUGGUUCAUACAUAUAGCACAGGGCUCCCUUCGAUUUUGCUUAGAGCACAGCCUAGAAGGUUAUGAAAAUUUGUUUGAAGAGAAUGAAAGUAGAAACUGUCCGAUUUUAAAAUUUAAAAAAAAAGUUUGAACCAAAGAAUAGUAUGAAUCCGUGCAGAUGUGCAUUCAUCUUUGCUAAUUUAAUUUUUUGUGCAUGUCACACAAACAGGCCUGAUGUUGUAAGAGUGGCUGGAAAGUUUGAUCUGCUGGAUAGGAUUCUGCCAAAGCUGAAGAGAAAAGGCCACAGGUAAUUUUCUUUUACCAAAUUUUGAAAAAACCUUCUAUGCUUACAGUGACAUUCAUCAUCAAAUUUACUUAUGUACAUUUCUCCUCAGCUUGCAAAGAAACUAGUGUCCAAUGGCCCGCGGCUAGUGGAUUUUGCUAUCGGACUAGUGAUUUCUAUUCUUAACUUGUCCAAUGAGCAAAUGAAGUUUUUUGAGGGAAUUCAAAUUACAGAAGAACUGUAGUUGAAAUGACUUUUGGGCUAGUACGUGCGAGCUACCGCUUGCCCAAAUGGCAAGCUGUAAAACUGACUUUCUUUGCACCCUGCUUCUAGGUUUAAGGUAAUAACCUUUCUACCAGAAUCUAGCAAUAGCUUAUGACUAGCUUGAUUGCUGAUUGUUGACAGUUUCAUGAUAGCUAUUGACAUGUAUUGAUGCCUUCCUGUUCCCAUGUACCCAGUCCCCUCGCACCUGCUUGCACUUUCUAGAUUUCUCUCUGUCCUUUACCCUACAAGAGAGCUUGUCACAGUCUACCUCAUUAUCACAAACAAGACUAUUUUGUUCAAAGGUAUUCCAACUAUCCCUGCUUUACAGAUUCUGUAAUUAACAAAUGGUGGUUAAGGGGGUUUUUUAUAGCAGAGAAGCAGAUCGUACUCUAUAAUUAUUUUGUCACAAGAAGUUCCUGAGUUUUAAAUUAUGGUUUAUCUGGCCCCAGUUGUUCAAAAGGCGGAUAGCACUAUCCAUUGGAUAAAUCUCUAUUCACUGUAUAGCACAAUUGGUUUCCCUAUUAACACGUAUCUGUUGGAUAGUGAUUUAUUCAGUGUAUAGUGCUAUCGAACAUUUCAACAACUGGGGCCUGGACAUUAACCUACUCAAUUUUUAUUUUUUUUUAAUUUACUGUUUUUUAGGGUGCUGUUGUUUUCACAGAUGACUUCCCUGAUGACAAUUCUUGAGGACUAUUUCAACUGGAAAGGUAAGAAAACAGUAGUACUAUACAAUUCUCUGCUUUGGUCUAUUGUGACUGUAUACUAUUUUAAUACUGUUUUAGACAUAACAGUAGAGAAGUCAGAAUAAGAAUGCACAUUGCUAGAACCUGGCAGAAGUUCUUCAUGCAUGCCAGGCGUACGAAGUGUGCGAUAGAAACCUAGGGUUUUUUUCCCUCCACUAGAAACAGUGUUUCGAUUGUGGUCAAAAACCCUGGAACACCUGUUUAACUUAACUCUAUUAAUUUAAGAGAGGAGGUCAAACAAACAUUUGUUACUUGCUAGUUCACGCUAGAAGAAGGUAGGGCGUGAUAUGGAUUAUCGUUUUUCAGCGUUUUUUGUGUUUUUAUGAGCUACAAUUUUGCACUGAGUAAAGCAAGAGUCAGUGGAAGAGUAGAACGCAAAAAGUUGGUUCUAUCAACUAAGUUAAUUAAGUACAUGUCAUUUUUCCACCGAAACAAUAUCAAAAGCUGAAGAGCGCUAGCCCUUUGUUAGGGAGAGUCAAUUAAUUGUGUGUUGUGUAGUUGAUCAAGCUUAAGUUAACAUGCUUGUACACAGUUUUUCCAGUGGUUUCAUAGCUUAACUUAGGUAUCAGAGGAUGGAGCCACGAACCGGUGAAAACACAAAAAUAAUGGCUCGUCUCUCCUUCACAUAGGAUACCCUUAUCUUCGACUGGAUGGUACAACAAAGAGUGAGGACAGAGGUCAGCUUCUUGCGCUCUUCAAUGCUAAGGACUCGCCAUACUUCAUCUUCUUGCUGAGCACACGAGCAGGAGGCCUUGGGCUGAAUUUACAAGCUGCUGACACUGUGGUCAUUUUUGACAGUGAUUGGAAUCCUCACCAGGUUUGUUUGUUUGCUUGUUUUGGUCUUCAACUUCGAAUCAUCGUACGUUUCUGGCAAACUGCCUACCUACCCCUCUCCUAAGCCAACAUUUUGCCUUAAGUGAGAAGUAAGUGUUAAUGUUGGGUGGAAAUUUUGUGCAUGAACAUAAAAGUAUAAAAUUUGAAGUGGAGGGAGAACGACUCGCUACAAAGUAUAUCCAAAUCAGCUGAACAGACUAAAAAGAGUGGAAAAAUUGCAUCUCCUCAAAACACAGCCCAUAUUUUCUGAAGCCUUCCCAAACGAGAUGGCGCGAACCCUUUGAUUUUCCGAUCGAAAUUUCCGGUUUUCCCAUGUAAAUGGUAAGCACCCCAGGUGUCCAUUUAAUCUUUGAGAGGUGUCCCUCUUAUAAGGUGUCCGUUAAGAGACAGCACACUGUUUCAAGCCUGUUUGAAGAUGCUUGUGUAUGUCAGGUGUACUAGGUGUGCAAUACUAACUAACCCAGGGUUUCGCUAACACCACUAGAGUGAAACAACUCAUUGAGUGGAGUUUGAUAGUAGAACCUGGUAUAUCAGUCUUUUCCUCACCCCGCGCCCCUCCUCCCCCCCCCUCCCCCACCCCCCAUUAUCAGAAAAGUUCGACGUUUGAAUCAAUUAGGAAUGACUGUUUCAAUUUGGAACGGCCCAGCCGUUCUUUCCGCCUAGCCCGGCCGGAAAUUUUGACUUUGGAUCGACUUUGGCAUUGGUUUAGACACCGAACUUUUCAUGUAUCGAACCUAAUACAUAAACUGUGAUAACGUAUUUUGUAAGCAGUUUGACCGAAAGGAUCAUUUUUCUCCUUCUGAAUUUAGUUGGGCUGGAGUUAAGAUCGGCGUCUGUAAUUAAUUCAGCCGGUCUAAAUCAUUUGGGUGAGCCUUAAUUCGGAUUAGGUUCGGCUCAUGAAAGUUCUUCGUCUGAACUGGGCCUAAAUCUACUGUUGAUUAACUGGAUAACUUUUUUUGGUAUUUAUAGGAUCUCCAAGCUCAGGAUCGUGCCCAUCGUAUUGGGCAGAAGAAUGAAGUACGUGUAUUGAGGUUGAUGACAGUGAACAGUGUUGAAGAGAAGAUUCUUGCUGCAGCCAGGUACAAGCUUAAUGUUGAUGAGAAGGUCAUUCAAGCUGGUAUGUUUAAUCAGAACUCCACAUCGAGUGAACGUCGCGCGUUCCUGAUGGCACUGCUGGGUACAGAGAAUGAAGAUGAUGAGGUACAGUUUGUGAGGGCGUAACGUUUGGCCCUAAUGUCGGUUCGCAAGACGGCAAUUCGCCCGAUGUGUAUUUGUCGUCCUUCAAGCCUGAAAAAAAAGGAACAAGCGUGAAAAGAUAGUGACCAUACGCGUGAAAUUCAAACUUAAGUAAAAUAACAUCUGAUAGGUUUGUUGUAGAGUGUUGUAUGUCAUUGGGCGAAUUGGCUCAAGUCCUGGCGAAUGCCGUCGGGCGAAUCGACUUUCGUGCGAAACGACCGCAAUUCAUUUUUGUUUAUUUAAGGUUGUACGGUUGUUAUGUGCGAUGGCUUUUUGGUUAAUUCUCCUAUGAGCAAACUUACCAGUAACUUACUCGUUUAGGUUUUGAAUGGGUUAACUUCCCUGCGGUGAAUUUGCCUGUUCAGAUUUACCGGUUACCAAAUCAAUAGGCAAUACAUCUAAAGAAAUUGUAUUUAUAUUAAACAGGAGGAAAGUGAAGUACCGGAUGACGAAACCGUUAAUCAGAUGAUUGCAAGAACGGAGGAAGAAUUUGAACUGUUCCAAGUAGGUGAACCUAUGUCAUGUUAUCCUCAACUUGUUUUACGACGCAUUCAUACAAACUAGAGAACUGAGGAGUUUUAAAACGCGUCACCUCUUACAAUGCAUUAACGUGUUCUCUCCCUCAAUAAGGACUCCGUCCGUACGUUUUAAUUUUUGACGGUUCACUGUUUACCGCUUGAAUCUUACUCAAUGGUGCCUUGUAUUCGCGCCCACCGUUUCCUUCAAGCGCCAUAAUUUUUGAAAAUCUUUGAUCGCUGAAUAUGGCAUUCAGUGUCUGAUUCUAUCUUACCAAACUUGUGACACGAUCGCAUCACGCCAAGAUCGCGCUUGAGAUCCAUUCGCGCUGCGUCCACGCUCAAACUCUCCAGACUGAUCUCCAUACCUUUUCACAAAGAAUUAGUUCAGAGAAUUUGAUCGAAGUAUUUUUCCUGUCUUUAUGACCUAUUGUCACUGUUAGGAACAAAUUGAUGUUGGCCUUUCUUGGGUCUUACAAGUUAAAAGCAAGGGGGGUAGAGAUACACUUACUGUUUAUCUGAUUUUUUUUGUUCUUCUCUGAUCUCAGCGCAUGGAUAUGGAAAGACGCAGACAGGAAGUAAGGGUAAGUAACUCUUGACAAUUGUGGUUUGUUUGUUUUAUAGUAAUAUAUAGAAUUAGCCAAGGCCAAAAGCGAAGCUCUCAUGUAUUUUUCAAGUCCCGUAGUUUAACCUUUGCGGUAAGCAGGAAGUAAACUGAAUUCCGUCUGAAAAGAAAGUGGACCUGAGUCUGCGAUCAAUUAAAACAAAUAAAUAGUCAGCGAAUAACUUUUUAAAAACACGUCAUCUGAAUGAGUGUACAGUUGAGCCCGCGAUACAGUUAUGUGACACUGGUCAGCGGAUACCCCUUCUGACAGCUGUCAAUUGAUCAUUACAUGGAUGUCCUAUCAAGUUAAACAGAUUGUAUUUGCUUUGAACACUUUGCUAGUAAGUGUAACCUUUUUACAUCCGCUAACAUGAGUGGGCGGAGGCAUGCGACUAUUUUGUCACUACCAAAAUUUCUUGCAUGCAUGUUUAACCAAAUUUUCUUUCAUAUGGUGCUCCGCUGCGCGCGUUUCGCUCGCGUGAGAGCUCCGCUAGAAAACUAACACUAUUGUGGUCCUUGUGUUUCAGGAGGCUGGUUCACUCCGUCGUCGCCCCCGCCUGAUGCAGAUCAGCGAACUGCCACGAUGGAUUGUCAAAGAUGAUGCUGAGGUUGGUAAAAAACAUCCGAAAAUUAACAACACGACACAAGCUCAUUUAAGGUCCUUUUUUCGAGGUCAGAUGUUACAGCGCGCUAAAUGUUGUCCUGCAAUUUUUCUUCAGGUUGAGCGUUUGACCUGGGAGGAGGAAUCGGAGAAGAUUUUUGGCCGAGGGUCACGUGUACGGAAAGACGUUGUGUACUGCGAGCAUCUGACAGAAAGACAGUGGCUGAAGGUAAGCAAGGGAGGGUACUAUUAGGCUGCGUGGAUGUUGCUUCGUUUUUCGUUUAACCUUGGUAUCGUAGCCCGAGUUAACGCUCUAAAAACCUCUCAUUUGCAAUUACGCUUUGAUUCCGAGCGGAAUCUGAGCCAACCCCGUUAGAGCUGUUACCUGUCAGAGAAAGGGACUUCUUAAACGUUAGAUCGUGUUUUUGAAAUUAAGAGAAUCGCAAAUUGCCAUUUUAGGCCAUAGAAGAUGGUCGACUGGACGAGGUGGAAGAACGACAAAAGGUUAAGAAAUCCAAGAAAAGAAAACAUGAAGGAGGAGAAGAGAGCGAAGCUCCUGUGAAGGUUAGUCAGCAAAUCCCCUCUACUGGGUAACAUAAAAUCGGGACAUCUAAGUUGACCGACGACCGCUGUUACGGCGAUGUUUAAUGAAUUUCCAGCUUCAAAAUUUCCAGCUCCCUAUAUAUAGCAAAUCACUUAAAGACUGGUCCCUCGGGAAACAGCUAAUUUUGUUUCGCUCACUUCUCAAUGUUUCCUGAGACUCCGCUCACGGGAAACAAAAUUUAGUGUUUCUCUCGCGACCAGUCAUUAUGUGUUUAAUAAUGUUAAACCGUGUGUCACCAGUUAGGAGUAUUGCUACUCACCACGGAAGGGUCGUCACUCAUAUCUGCUAAGAUUAACUCGUACAUUCUACUUUAUACAAUUAUGCAGAGAGACACCACCAGGAUUAAAGUUUCUAGGUUAUCUAAGAUUUGAUUUGCUAUUACUGUUGUUUCAUUUAAGGUGAAGAAAAAGCGUGGCCGACCCCCAGCAGGUAUAUUAUUCUGUUUUCUUUUUCUCGUGUUUCUAACCUUGUUUUUUGUGAGUUAAUUACGUCCUGUUUUGUGGCUUCACCGUUAAAAACGAUUCCUGGGUUUCGAAUAAGUAAUGUUUAAAUCACUUCCAGGGCCCGGUUCCUCGAAAGACGGUUAACUUUAUAUCAGGAUUAAGCUAAAUUUUAGGCAAGGUUUUCUUGCCUAAAAACAUACAACUCGAGCUUAAAAAUACUGUUUAGCCCUCACUCUGAAAUACAGUAAUGAUAACGCAAAGUGUUACUCUAAGCAUUAUGUAGGAAGGUAAAAUACAAAAACGGAACAACAUUUUGAACCUGGAUUUGCGCUAAUCGGCCUUUCAGAAACCGGGCCCAGAACCGCAGCAAAGAAAGACGUGACCGUUAAUGCUUGCGGGAAUAUCACGUAUUUUGAUCCCCGUUUUAUAAGGCCGGACUAAGACGAAGCUGGCCAUAUGAACCAAGCGCCUAUGAAGAGAUUCUAGUUAACUUUUUAGCCGCGACGGCGCUCUGUGGGCGGCGAAUUGGACACUGAGGCAGCAAGCAGGAUACUGACCCGGAACUGUGGAACAGACCAGGGUGCAGUAUUUUCUGGUCAAUUUCUGUUCUUUUCAUUUGUUCUAGUUAAACUUUCUCCCAAUCCUCCUGAACUGACCAAACAGAUGAAGAAGUUGAUCAAAUAUGUUGUGAGAUAUGUCGAUGAGUAAGUAUCAUAUGCAUAAUUUCCUGUGUGUUGCUAUACUUUUGCAGAACGCGCAAAUUCGCCAACGACAUUGCAUAGUUGUUUUCACAUUGCCGCUGACGCCAAUGCAGAGGGGCAGUGUUCCCAUGUUAAAAUACUUUUAAGCAUUUGCGACUUUGUCGUAGAAUACGAAUAAAAAGACCGAAGGAGACUUUUUAUGAGACGUACAAGCCUGCCAAAACGGGGCGUCCAUGGGCAAUUGAGAAAGAUUUAAACAGAUUACAAGCUUAAAGACGUCCGAUUGCAAAUUAAUUUACUUCUUUUCAAUUUUAGGUCAUGUUAUUUAGAAAGCUUGAUAUUCUUUGGGUUUUGUAAACGUGAUUUUGCCAAGAAAAUUCUUUGGCUUGACUGAUCUGAGGAGCAAAACACGUAAUUGACGUAAAUAAUCAAUAAAUAAUAGUGUGAAGUAAAAGACUUUCUAUUUUCCCUCAGUUCUACGCAACGCAACUUGGCCGAAAUCUUCAUGGCGCUCCCUACAAGGAAGGAACUGCCUGAUUACUAUCAAAUCAUUAAGCAUCCAGUGGAUAUCAGAAAGAUACGGGUAAGGAUUUGUCCUGUAAUCAAAUGUCCACACUCUGUAGACCAUUUUUCAGCUGUGAAGAAAUUUUUUUUUUCUUACUAGGAUUUUUCGAACAGUAAAGGUUGUCCUCAUCUUGGAGCUACCACCCUGGUCAAAACUCUGGGACACUAACACAUAGCUCGUUGAAAUGACGCAUUUUCCCUACCCCUUCCUCCCCGGGGCAGUGUUGACGUUAUGUAUUCAAGUCUGUUAUCAAUACAAUAAACACUCUUUGGAGGAGAGGGGGACAGCAGAAAUUGCCCCUAUAACAACAUUCCCAAGCUUUUAUAAGAGGUAGAAUACGAUUUAAUUUAGCAAAGUGCCGUCUUCGCGCCUAAUUUCCUUAAGUGUCCCAUGAUGUUUUGACCAGGGUUGUAGCUGCCUGUAAAUUAAACUUGUUGAUAUUCUCCAUGCACCGUCUCUUACAUAAUCCUUGCAGCUUUGAACAAGUCAAAAUCACUGAGUUGUGUGUGACAGGCCAUUUAUUCCCAGGGAGUAAACUCAAACAAUUUUUUUGGUCUCUGCACAGUUGAUUGUCCUGGAAACAAAAAAAAAAUUAAACUUUUAGUCUGGUCCCGCCCCCAGACACUUAGGGAACUUCUCUCAAAAUGGUUGCCUUUUCAAGAAAUGCAGUUUUUUCAGCUUCGAGAUGAGGUUCAUAUUAACUUUAAGAUUUUUUUUUUUGUAGGAACGGAUUAAUUCUCACAAGUACCGCACCGUAGAUGAUCUAGAAGAUGAUUUCAUUCUGAUGUGCAAGAAUGCUCAGACUUACAACAUCGAGGGAUCCAUUGUAUGUUAUUCCGUUGAGUUAAAUCUUGUUGUUAAACAUUUUAAUUUCCUGUGUCCCGUUUUUGGAAGUAAUAGUCUUCUGUUCCGCUCUGAUUCCACACCACCUUAUAAUUUUGUCUGGUAUAGAGCCACCUAAGUCUCCGUGAUGGAAACAUAAGCAGGUUUUGCCAUAAGUCUUCACUCUUUUUACGAUCCACAUGUAACCUUAGAAGGCACAUGAUAAAUCAUAUGGCGCGCGCGAGGAAGGAGGAUACAAGCGUGUCCCUCCCCGCUCACCCACGUCGUUUUACGUCCGCGCCGUACUUCCAUCUAUCAUGUAAUUGUGCGCAGAUUAGUCAACGCUUACCUCUGCAUUCUUCAAACUCAGUAGCAAUUUCGAACCGUGGUGUAAUACUUCUCUAUUCGUUGCAGAUUUACGAAGAUUCUAUCAAGCUGCAAGUGAGUACAGCAAAGUAAAUGUAGCCAGUAGGGCAAGUCGAAGAGUAAAUCAAAUAGCAUUUUAACCCUCAUAUCCUAAAGUUCCAUGCUGAAGAACUGGUUAUCUUGUUCUACUAGGCCCUUUACCCUGUUUAAAAUGUCCGGAGGAGCCUGGGUAAGAUUUCUGGAACACUUUUUGUAUGAUGGAUACAUAAUUACUUGGUAUCGUCCGUAUUGCUUUCUAGAGAUCUGGAACAUCCCUGUUGGGUGGCCCAGAAUCUGAGUAAAUUACUACAAAAAUUUGAGAAAAUUUUUCUGAUUAUUCAGUCGGUUCGUCACUACGCGACUGUUCUCUUAAAUUUUUCCUUCUUUUUCAUCUUUGUGUUGAGCAACAGAGGGUGCUCUCCAACGACGCGGACGACAACGAGAACGUCCAAAACACAACAGGUUUAAUUAGCCAACAACUUCGCCUGUUCUUUCCCGUUUUUGCGAUACGACGUGAAAAUGCCUUAUUUCGGUUUUAUCGAGGACGUCUUUUUUCUUCUUUAUGGUUGAGCAACAAAGAAGGGGUUGGAAUAAUCGCUAUAAAGACUGAAAGAACGCAAAUUCACUUUUUAAGCGAUGUUCUUGUCGCCGUCCCGUCGUUGGAUCUUAAAGUCCCUAUUAUAGCUGUUGAAUACCCUGGAAAGACACUCUUUUCGACAUAGGAAAGUUUUAGCGUAGGCGAGUCUCAAACAAGGAUUCGCCGGAAGUCGCUAUGAAAAUCAACUUUGUGUACGGUAUACUGUUCCGUCUUUCUUAAACAAUCGGUUAUGAGUUCCAUCAGGAGAAUUCGAUUUCUUCCCGACCCUUCCCAGAGGAACUUUGCCUUAUCAGAGCGUCCUGUUUUCUCAACUAACCAAUGAAUCGCCUUCACAGUCGAUUUUCACGCAUGCGAGACAAAGGAUACAGGCUGGCGAGGAGUUACAGUCGGCUCAGUCAUCAGUGCAGGAACAGGAAGUGGAAAGUGAUAAGGAGGCCGGUAGUGAGGGGGAAGAUGACGAUGAAGAGGUAAUGUGACGCCUGAGUGAAAUUGACUCUUUUCCAAUCCGCCAUAAUACACUCUGUUUGUCCCCUAAAUUUUGCACAAGUUAUUAGAGAGCUUUAGAUUUGAGGACGAGAACGAGUAUGAAUACCAGAUUUAACUCAAGUUUUUGUGCUUGUUCUAAAAAAAAGACGCCCGGAAAGCUUCAUUUUACUUUUUUUUUUUCACCAAAAAAGUUAGUACAGUUAUUUAUAGUGAAGGAGGUUAAUUAAGCCCUCUCCCGACAGCAGAAUGCUAAAACUUCGUACAUUUGAUAACUUGUUCCCGCCACUACGACAUUAUUAGAGACCUUUAGAUUCAAGGACGAGGACGACUACGAGUACGAGAUUUGACUUUAAGUUUUUUCGCGUCUUCUCAAAAUAUAGACUCCCCGGAAAGCUUCAUUUUACCAUUUUUCACUGGAAAAGUUAGUACUGUUACCUUUAGUGAAGGAGGUUACAUCCUCUCCCGAUCUCAAAGUGAUAAAACUUGUAACAUUUGAUAACUUGUUACCGCAACUUCGACAUUCGCGCUAAAACUCGUAGUAGAGUGACGACGGCUACCACGUUUUCCCGCCAAAAUGACGCUGGUUCACGCGCAGGCACUACUUAGUACUGAGAAAAUCUCGUACUCGUAGUCGUACUCGUCUUAGAAUCUAAAGGUCUCUAUUCUCGCUACUAAAACUCGUAGUAGAAUGACGACGGCUACCACGUUUUCCCGCCAAAAUGAUGCUGGUUCACGCAUGAGCAUUACGCAGUAUUGAGAAGAUCUCGUAGUCGUAGUCGUUCUCGACUCAGAAUCUAAAGCUCGCUAUUGUUAUUCAUUUCCAAGUUACAGUUUUAUGGAACUUCAGUUUCUGUGAUUUAUCUUUUUCAGGAAUUUGAAGAGGGUGAGUCAGUGGGCUCAGACGCUGAAGGUAACGGAAGCCUUUUUGAUAAGCUCCAAACUAUAAACAAAUUCUGUCUUUCUUUACUUGAAUCAAAACGUCUGGAUAUUGUUGAUGACUGUAUUUACUUAAAACAGCGCCGCGGGGCUUAUUACUUUUUGACUUGUUGGUGCGAUGCUUAUUUGAAAAUUUCACUCACGUGGUCAAAAAAUUUAUUGAAACUUGUACGGUUGACUCCCGAUAACUCGAACCUUCGCUAACUCGAACCUCGCGUUGACUCGAACUAAAGUCGACUUCUCCUGGAUUUCUGUCAUACAUUUACUGUAAUUCAUCUCUCGCUAACUCGAACCCCCGAUAACUUGAACCCCCCGCUAACUCGAAGUAAUUUUUGUUUCCCUUGAAAUCAUUUCUAUGUAAUUUUACCCUCGAUUACUCGAACCAUGUUAUAAUAAGCGCAUGACAAAUCGGUAAAAAUAACACCGUGAACUGAAGUCCAAAACAUUGAAUUUAUUUCAAAGCAACCGUGUCAAUUCUUUGUCUUUACUUUUUUGUCCCUCCAGUUCAAAAUCAGUGUCCAUCCCUCUAUAUUAAUCAAGCCUUGCGCUGCAUUCCCUCCCCAUCCAUCUGCUCAUUUUCUUAUUUCCUUUUAUUUACUUCGAACCCCCGAUAGCUCGAACUUUUUCCAAUUUCCUUAGAAGGUUUGAGUUAUCGGGAGUCGACUGCAGGCCAUUUCCGAAUUCCAAGAAUUCACUUUCAAAACGAGGCAAAGUGUAAAACUUUUCUUCUGAAAAUGACAAUGAAAAAUCAUUUUCAUCAGUGGCUUCGCACUUGAUAGCCCAGCUUUGAAACAAAGGCAUGGAGCAACUCGGAAAAAGGUUCAACUCCCACGAUUUUAGUAACGCGGAACAUUUUCAUCGAGAAACUCAAAGUUUUUGAAAUUACUCUUUCUAACGGAGAGUAAAAAGAUUUUAAUUAGUCGCCUCUUGUUUUCUUUUUCAGCAGGUAGCAGUCAGUCGCUCCUAAAGAUGCGUAUUAAACUUGGAAAACAGUCGGUGGAGAAAGCCAAAGUUGAGAUGGGCGCUGUUGUAAGUUUAAAUUUAAUUUGCGCAAAGUAAAACCUGUACUGUGAGCCCUUUUUCUUCGUUCAUCUGCCACCAUUAGCAAGCUAUUAAGAGUUCGUCUUGUGGUACAGUAGCUGAAGCUCAUUUUCCCCAUUCUGUAACUUUCCCAGAAGAAAAAGCGUCGCGGACGCCCGCCACGAGUCCGACAGGAUCCGAGUGACAACGAAGGUGACUCGUACCCGCCAUCGGAGAAGGACGAAAGCAGUGAAGGAGUGAGUAAACAAUGGUUUCUUUGUACUUAACAUAAAUAUACAAAUAGUCCCGCACCGCAAGCCCACAAAUUAUCCUUCUAAUUAUCCUUUUUUUUACUUCGCAGGAAACCUCUGACCGAGAAUUAGCGGGCUCAUCUCAAGAGGCAGCGGCGUCGCCUUCACAAAGAAAAAAAUGAUGAAGCAAGAAAGUCAACGAGACUAACUCCCUAAACCUGCUUCUUUGUAGCAAUUUGUAUUUUGUUGUUAAGGGUUCUUGCUUUGUCUUUGGCCCAGUAGCUUUUCCCUGCGCGGAAGGAUGCUGUGGAGUCCGCCGACACAGUUAUUUCUUCGAUUCCUUAAAUUAACACCAGGGUUCGUGCUACUCUUUGAAGUCCUUAAAAAAACCUGAAUUUAAUUUUAGAUUUCAAGGGCGCAUGAAAAGCCCUUGAAAAGAAGAAUUUCUUCAAAAAUUGCGUGAAAACUCUUUGAUUUUUUUUGUUCGAUUGGGUAAUGAGAGUUUUAUAACAAAGUAACUCAAAGAUUGAGCGCAAAUGUUAAAAUCGAGGACAGAUUUUGGGAAAAUUUUGCCUGACACUCCUUGAAAACACAGUCGUUUGUGAUUAAAAACUUCUUUAAACCAGCACAAACCCUGGAGCAUUCAUACUCUCGUCACUACUCCGUGCAUUCUGAUGGUUGUGAGGGGAACAGUGUGUUUGCAAAUCAGUGUAUAGUAAGUAGUACGAUCUGUGUAGAUUUUUCACUUUUGUGCUUGACAGAGAACUUUAUUGCACGAGGGAACUAAAUGUUGUUCGUUGUGAGGGUUAAAAGGUUGAGCACAAGUUUCGUUUUUCUUGUGGCUGUAAGUCUUAUUUUUCAGUUGACUUCAAGAAUAUAAGUAUAGUAACCUAACAAAUGCAUUGCUCUUCACAACCUUGUUCCCAGGGCUCCCGCCUACUCGUCCGCAAGAGUGAAAGAGUCCGUGUGUAUCGUUGGGAAGUCAUUAGAUCACAAUCACCUCAACAAAGUUGUGGCGUCCAGCGGUUUUAGUCUCGCGGGCUCAUAAAACCUAGUCUCGGUCAUUGUUAUUGAAUGAUUUUCGUACCGUUGAGAACAAGGUUAUGAUUUUCAAAGUAACCUGAUGUGAAGUAACUAGAGUCAGGCUACGCGCAUGCGCACGGCAGCGGGCGAAUUUUCUACCGGCUGAAAAUUCAUACGGAAGUGCCUUAACUGUGCGAAAAUUUGGACGCCUAGCUGUUCGAAGUUCCGUGUUGUAACAGAAAAUAUUGAAUGGUACCGUGUGAAGGAAGGUAAAACGUAAAAAGGUAAAGGCGUACACUAGCCAAAGGCCCACACGGCCGGAGCUUAUUUCCGGUUUCCGUAAUAUGAAGCAAGCAUAGGAGUUCUGCUACUCCCCCUGGACGGGAUGCUAAUCCAUCGCAGGGUUACCCCCCCCCAGCAGUAUGUCGCCGGUACCCAUUUAUAGACCUAGGUGAAGAAGGAAACAACGCGACGGACGAGGCUUGAACCCCAGACUUCAAGAUCCAGAGUUCGAGGUGUUAACCGCUCGGCCACAGACGCCUUCACUCGUGUGAAGGUAGUGUCCGGUCAAAUUUUUUCAGCCGAUGGAAAAUUCCUUCGUGUGAACGUUGCCUCAUUGUCCGUAACCCGUGUAGAGUUACUUGACAUAGUGUAUUAAUAGCUUGUAUAUAGUUCCUAGUUCCUACCAACUGUGUUGUCCUGCAAAGAAACAAUCUGUUAAUUCUGUUUUGAUUGGAUUCUGUUUCUUUUUGUCGGUGAUCCUUUAGUAGAUUGUUAUAAAAGUUCCUUGGGAAAUAGAUAGAAGUGUUCCUUAGAAAUAAAAGUUUAUGCUACCUUGU